AUGUUGAUUUUGAAACUGUUGACAGAAACAAGUCGAAACAUUAAAUUUAUAAAUGUGACUUACACUCUAAACGACAUAGAAAAAAUUGGUAAUAAUAUACCACUGUGUGUGACAUCAAUUGGUAAAAAUUGUUUUGAUGAUUGUGAAAAUUUAAGCAGUGUUGUAAUACCACCUAGUGUUAGAUCAAUUGGUCAAUUUUGUUUUCGUUGGUGCGGUAAUCUUAGCAGUAUAACAAUACCAUCAAGUGUGACCUCAAUUGGUGAUUAUUGUUUCUCUUAUUGUAGUAAUCUAAGUAGUGUUAUGAUACCAUCAAAUGUGAAACAUAUUAGUUAUGGAUGUUUCAAAAAAUGUGACAGUCUUAGCAAUGUGACAAUAUCACAAUUUUCUACUAUAAUUGGAAAGAAAUGCUUGUUUGGGUAUGAAACAUUAUGCAGUUUAAAAAUUUUACCAAGUGUUAUAAUAAUUAACAAUAAAAAGUUUAACCAAAACAAAUUUUUAACAAAUUUUACAAUACCAUCCACCGUGACAUCAAUUGACGACUAUUGUUUUUCUAGGUGUAAAAGCUUAAUUGGUGUUACAAUACCAUCAAGUGUGGCAUUAAUUGGUGAUUAUUGUUUCUGUGAAUGCGAUAGUCUAAGUAGUGUUACAAUACCUUCAAGUGUGACAGAAAUAGGUGAUUUUUGUUUUUAUUGUUGUAGUGGUCUCAGAAGUGUAACAAUAAACCCAGGUGUGAUAAAUAUUGGUGAUUUCCGUUUCUGUGGAUGUAAUAAUUUAUGUAGUGUUACAAUACCAACUAGCGUGGCAUAUAUUGGUGAUGAUUGUUUCUCAAAAAACACAGUCAUUCAUCAUGAACAAUCAGAUAAUUGA